GAGACCAUCAACUAAAAGUUCAGACAGCAGCGAGCCCAGUGAAGCGGGUGAUGAGAAGAAGAAAAGGGACUCAAGGAAGAGUGGCUUCCUGAACUUAAUCAAAUCAAGAGGCUCCAAAUCUGAACGUCCCCAGACGGUGUUGGUGGCAGAGGAGCCCUCCUCACCCAAGGUUGCUGCAAAAAGCCCGGCUGUGGACACAAGCAAGAAGGAGGUAAAGCCUGCAGAGCAAAACGGUGGUACGGAGCGAUCCGAGGAAUUAAAGACGCCAGACUCUUUGGAGGAGGUGCCGCCGGAUGACGCGGCAAAAGCGGAGAGGGGUGACAGCAAAGGCAGCCCACAAGGAGGCCGGAGGUACGGCGUGCAGGUGAUGGGCAGCGGGCUUCUCGCAGAAAUGAAGGCCAAGCAGGAGAAGAGAGCAGCCUCUGCUCAGAAGAAACUUGGGAAUGACACAACUCCCAGAGAGUCUUUUGACACGGCGAUGAGCUCAGAACGACUGGAUGGAGGUGGUACAGUGCCUAAACUCCAGCAGACCCUUCCAGAGAGUCGAUUUGCCUCGAAUAAAGGCGACUCCGUCUCAGCGUCAUCAGAAAAAAAUUCAAAAGCUGAACCAAAGGCAGAAGCAGGUGCAAAGGCAAGAAGUUCUUCCAAUACACCGACCAGCCCGAAACCUCCGCUGCAGUCGGCAAAGCCUAGCCUGGCAGGACGACCCACAGUGCCACAGAAACCACGCUCUGCCUCUCGUACUGAGGAUGCUCCGGAGUCUCCCUCCGGCCCCAGUUCCCCAAAAGUUGCCCUGCUUCCACCUGUGCUGAAGAAAGUUCCUUCUGAUAAAGAAAAGGAUGGUCAGAGCAGCCCCUCAGUCAGAUCACUGUCUCAAGAAG